AUGAAAGUUCAAGAAUCUCUUCUUUUCUUCUGCCUUUUAACACUGGCUUAUAUGCUGGCUUGUGCUAGAGGUCACAUAGUCCAGUCUACCACUCUUAGCAGAAGCAGUUUCCCUAAUGGUUUUAUAUUUGAAGCAGGAUCAAGUGCUUUUCGAGUUGACGGAGCAGCUCAUACAGAUGGCAGAGAACCAAGCAUAUGGGACACUUUCACAGUGGAAUAUCCAGGGAUACAGCCUUUGGUGACUUUAUUCCACUGGGAUCUUCCUCAAGCCCUUGAAGAUGAGUAUGGAGGAUUCUUGAGCUAUAAAAUUGUGAAUGAUUAUCGAGACUAUGCAGACUUCUGCUUCCAAGUUUUUGGUGACAGAGGUAUGCAUUCGGAGACUGCACCCGUUCGAUGUUCUGACUAUGUUGGGAAUUGUACGGCCGGCAACUCUGCAACCGAACCAUAUAUAGUUGUCCACCACUUGCUUCCUAGCCAUGCCAGUGCAGUAAAGAUACACAAGGACAGGUAUCAGAUGGAGGUUUCUCAAAAGGGUUCCAUUGGGAUUACUGUUUAUGGUUCCUGGAUGACUGCUUCUGAGAUGAUAUACAUCUGUCCAAAGGGAAUUCAACGACUUUUGCUAUAUUUAAAGAGAAACUAUAACAAUCCUCCCAUUUACAUCACUGAGAAUGAAAUGCCUGAUAGCAACAACUACUCAUUGUCAGUUGACGAGGCUCUUAAUGAUGGUUUGAGAAUCAAAUUCUACAGUCUCCAUCUCUCAUACCUCCUGAAAGCAAUUAAGAAGGGAGUUGACGUGACAGGAUACUAUAUAUGGGCUUUUCUUGAUAACUUUGAGUGGAUGUCUGGUUACACUCUUCGGUUUGGAAUCACUUAUGUUGAUUACAAUAAUCAGUUGGAGAGAUUUCCCAAACUCUCUGCUUUGUGGUUCAAGAAGUUCCUCCAAAAAGGCAAUCAAACCAAUGAAUACUUUUUAUUGUACUCAGAGGAAUAA